UGGGGGCAUAUGAUAUUUGCAAGUUCUUAAUUACAAACUACAAACUGCUUUUCACAACCUGGAAAUCAUUGACGGGUUGGCUUUAGUAUUUUUCUUGGUUUUUGUUCAGGACUUGAGAAAGCCGCUGACUCUGUUCUGGACUUUGUUUUCCUGCAAUUCUUAAUGGCUUAGGUUCUUGGAAAUUCCAAGCACAACCCAUUUUCUCUAUUAGGCUUUACAAAUUUCUAGUCAAAGGCGUUGUGCUGAUAUAUUUUCAUCUGAUAGUUUAAAGGACUAUUAGUUUUGGGUUUGAUUUAUUUUGGUCGGCGUUGAAUAUUCAAAUUAAGUUCAGCUACCUUGUAAACUUGUUCAAAAAAGGAUUGUUCUUUUUUUCUAUUUGCUUGAGCUGAUUGUUUUGAGUUGUCUGUGGGAAAUGUUCUUGCAAUUUCAAACAAUCAUUUCAGGUUAAUGUCGAUUGCUUGCACACAACUGAGCAACAUUAUUUAUGUUUAUUAAACUACAAGAAUCAGCGGAGAAAGAGAAACAAGAAGAUAAUACAUCACAUCAGAUCAGAGAGGAUUUAGAUGAUACUACUGCUCCAUUAGCAGGCAUCACCGACAAUGCUAGGAGUCCUUUAGCCGAAAAAGAAACUGCAUUGCUUAAAAGCUCUAAGAACGAAGACAUAAGUGAGACAACUUCCCCACAAGAAAAGUCUUUGAAGAAGCCUGACAAGAUACUUCCAUGUCCACGAUGUAAUAGCAAGGAAACCAAGUUCUGCUAUUACAACAAUUACAACGUGAACCAGCCGCGUCAUUUUUGCAAAAACUGUCAAAGAUACUGGACUGCUGGAGGAACAAUGAGGAACCUACCAGUUGGUGCCGGUCGUCGCAAAACCAAGAGCUCUUCUGCUCUGCAUUACCAUCAUAUUAUGAUUUCUGAUGCUAUCCGAGCAGCUCAAGCAAGUGCUGCAAAUGGAAUACAUCGAAACCCCUCUUCUGAAAACAAAAAAAGCUGUGUCCUCACUUUUGGCUCCGAUUCUUCUAUACCUCUAGCUUCAGUAUUCAAUAUUUCAGGAAAAACAUGGAUUAAUGUUCAGAAUGAGUUUCAGAAACCUGAGCAAAGAAGUCUUCUUGAGGAUAAUCACUCGGGUGAAUCUUUGAUUACUGCUUCGUAUUCCUUAGAGAAGGAAGGCAAGGCUAGUUUAAAUCAAGCUGAGGAUAAGAAUUAUCAAUGGUUUCCUUCUAAAGUACCAUGUUUCACGAGGCCUUCUUGGCCUUAUCCAUGGGACUCAAUCCACUGGAAUACUGCAAUGCUUCCAUCUCCACUUACUCUCUGCCCUGAUCCAGGCUUUCCAGUGUCUUUCCAUCCGGCUCCAACAUAUAGCAACUACGGGGUAGCAAGCCCUUGGGAUGUUCCAGUGGCCUCCCCAUCACCCUCUUCUGUCAACCAAUGCGCUUCAAGCUCUAGUCCAACUUCUCCAGCUCUGGGGAAGCAUUCAAGGGAUGAAAACAUUCUCAGUCCAGCUAACUUGGAGAAGGGAAAGCCCUCGGGAGAGAGUAAUAAGUCAGAAGGAAGAGAUUUGAAUUCAAAAACUUUGAGGAUAGAUGAUCCUGGUGAGACUGCAAAAAGCUCUAUGCUGACAACACUUGUGAUUAAAAGCAAGAAGACCAAUUCUAUCAAUUCGGGAGGUCUAUUUGAUGGCUUUCAAUCAAAAAUCAGCGAUGACAGAAAUUACAGACUAGAAACACUCUCGGUGUUGCGAGCCAACCCUGCAGCCUGGUCUCGAUCCCUCAACUUCCACGAGAACACAUGAAAGAGAGAUGAUACUAGCAGCUGCAUACUCUAUGCUAUGUCAGCAACUGAUCUAAUUAUGAGCUCACAUCAUUCAACCACUUUGUAGUUGACAGAUUUUUUCCACCUUCACCUUAAGGUUAUGAUCUUACUAAAAGAGAAGGGGAGAAUGGAAUUAUCCAUUUAGUUAUCUACUUUUACCUUGGUAGAAGAGUAAGCUAUCCCUGACCAGCUCAUUUAGUUGCCUUUUAUCUCUGCUGUGACAAUGCAAGUGGGUGUUUUUGUCUUGAUCACAACAGGUCAACUAGGUUUUCAUGUAGAUAUUUUUAUGUGAGACUGAUAUAUAUGCUUGAAAGUUGAAACAGAGAGAUACUUGGAUGAUACAACUUUCAGAUAUCCUGAAAUGAACUUGUAAAUUAAUCAUAAUCCAUAACUAUUUUUUAUCACUUUUUUUUUCUCUUGUGCUUCAGUGAAUCACCUGCAACAUUCAGUUUUCAAUUAUGUAUUAUUCUCCAUCUUCUGCUGCUACAAUAAAUAUCUUAUUUCU